CCCUGACAUGGAUAAAAAUUAAAUCAGAAGAAAGUGAAGGUCCUUCCAGAAGCUGGUGGCAACUUCAUGAAAAGAUACUGCAAAUAACAGCAGGAACAUGAAGCUGCCACUCUUGGUGUUUAUUGUGUAUCUGCUAUGGUUGAAAGGUUGUCACUGUGCACCUACUCGGAAGGAUAAAACUGCUAUCCAUGGAAACCUGAAGGGAUUUCCAGAAGCUGGGAAGAUAGAUGUAGAUGAAGAACUGAAGAAGGCUUUGAUUGGUAUUAAGCAAAUGAAAAUCAUAAUGGAAAGAAGAGAGGAGAAGCAUAUCAAUCUAAUGAAAACUCUGAAGAAAUGCAAAGAGAAGCAGGAGGCUCUAAAGCUCAUGAAUGAAGUUCAAGAACAUCUGAAAGAGGAAGAAAGGUUAUGCCAGGUGUCUUUGACAGAUUCCUGGGAUGAAUGCAAGUCUUGCCUGGAAAGUAACUGCAUGAGAUUUUAUCUAACCUGCCAACCUACCUGGUCAUCUAUGAAAAAUAUGGUUGAACAGUUUUUUGGGACGAUAUAUCAAUUUCUAUGUUCUUUCCAAGAAGAUGAUGAAAAAGAUCUCCCUGACAGUGAAAAUUCCACUGAGGAAGAUGUACAACUGACCCAAAUAGAGAAUGUGUUCAACCAACUGGCGGUGGAUAUGAGAAUUCUCUUUAAGAAGAGUUGUAAUGUCUUCAAACAGACGCAACAAGACUUUGACCAGGCUUUUCAGUCGUAUUUCAUGUCUGAUACACACUUAAUUGAGCCUCACUUUUUCCCUGCUUUAUCCAAAGAGCCAAUAAAAAAAGCAAAUCAUGUGCAAAGUUGGGACAUUCCCAACUUCUUCCAGCUGUUUUGUAAUUUCAGUGUCUCUAUUUAUCCAAGUGUCAGUGAAACAAUUACUGAGAUGCUGCAUGAAAUAGAAGAUUUACCAAAACAAGACAAAGACUCCAACCACCCAAGCCUGCGUUCAGAGAUACUACCAGUACAGGACAGAGAACUGUGUGAAGAAAUUCACCAGAAUUUGUCGGAAUGUUUCCAAUUUCAUGCAAGAUGCCAAAAAUGUCAGGAUUACCUACAGGAAGAAUGUCCUGACCUACCUGAACUACAUAUCAAGGAAGACGAGGCCCUUAAAUUGGUCAAUGUAUCCAAUCAGCAAUAUGCCCAGAUUCUCCAGAUGACCCAGCAUCACUUGGAUGACACCAAAUACCUGACGGAGAAGAGGAGAGAGCAGUGUGGGUGGGUAGCUGAACUGGCAAAGCAGAGUCCAGGAAUGGAGAAUAUCUUCAAGUCAGCAAAGUGCACCAUCUUCAGAAAACAAGAAACUCUGGAGGACUAUGGGUGA